AUGUGCAGCAUCGCGGGGCCGGCCCGAGCGGAGGGCUUGAGCAAGGGAGUUCCUUUGAGCAACGUCAACACGGGACAACUGCUGGGGGCCGUGAAGGCGUCUGUGUUGUAUCUAGAUAUAAUAUUUGGCGGUGGUGACGGCGGGUACAACUCGUCAGUGGGCAUCGGGGUCGAGAAGGUUGUCGCCGCCCCGCUCACGUCUGCCGCCACCUUGGGCGUUGAUGCGCAGGGUACGGGAGGGGGUUCGUCGACUUCGGCGGCCACACAUGAGUCUGUCGCCCACCCGGUCAAGACGGUGAUCAACCCGUACCUGAAGGACAGCCGUACUUCCGGGUCUAAGACAUCACGCCCCGGCACGAGUCCUGGGAGCCGUACUUCCGGCGGAGGCGCCCCCACCCCGGUAGGAUGCAACAAGAAGGCCGGUUUUGUUCCUGGGGUUGGCGUCCCCACUCGCCUCCCCGACUCCAGACGCAAGUCUGGUUGGCUGUCCGUGCAGCAUUCUCCUGCUCCCUCUGCCCCCUCGGACAGGCCUACCGAGGUCGUCUCCCGCGUGAACAAUGUCCAUGUCAAAAAGUCGGUCCAGGCCGCCGUGGCGCACGCCGUGCCGAAGCGUCUAAACACGGCGCUUACGGGGGGCGCCCUCAAGAAGGACGUCGACAGCAAGGCCUUCAACCAGUCGCUGGGGGCUGUCGUCAAGCAGCAACUUUCGGGGCCGACCAAGAAGUUCAAGGAGGAUGUUAGGAAGUCAGCGGCGGACGCCACUGCGGAGGGAGUGUCCAACAUGCUGAAAGGGCACCUCACCAAGAUACAGCAGGCGGUGAACGCGGCUACACAGGCUCAAGAGCAGCAGAGCCUGCGCAAUGCGAAGUCGGCUGCAUCCCUGCAACAGGCGACAGCUGCAUUCUCAAAGGCCGGCGACGGGAAGAAGCUCGGACGUCCGCCAGCACAUGACCACCCUACGGCCGAGCUGCAGAACUACCGACCUGGAGGCGCCGGUUUCAACAUAGCCCGAGCAACGUCGUCCUUGGUAGGUGCUCGGGUGACAGAGAGCCUGGACGGCCUCGCUCAGUCAGUUGCCACGAAGGUGACGACGUUAUCCGACAAGGCCGGCGGCGGUUCGAAGACUCCGGAGAGGAAGGCCAACAACUCUACGGAUGGAGUAGGAAAAGACACUCUCUCCCGUGUACUAAAAAGCCUCGCCAACAGGCAGGGUUUGAUCACUGGGAAGGUGAUUGAGAGGAAGACGCUUCUACGCCCGUCGCGAGAGUUGCUCUUGGACGACAAGCAUGGACAAUUCUUGCGGCAGCUGCAUGGUGUCCCCCCGGGAUGCUUGUCUCCUACUCUCUUGGCGCCGGAGGUAGUAGACGCAAUGCUUGUCGAUUUGGCGUGCCUCGCCGGGAACGACUACAUUAAAUAUCGUGGGCGUGGGCAUUGCAGUAGCAUCUGGGAUAGCGCUACCAGAGAUCAACGAUGUGCCGCGACGGUUCUCCGUGGUUCCGCCGCCACCAUCAAGGCGCUGUCGGCAGGGAUUGGAGAGAGGAAGAAGUCGGGCACACCAACGAACAAGGAGGUCGAGGCAUCAAAUGCUGCGUCGCGCGUCAUGUUCCUACAUUCGGUCGUGUGGGACUUGCACACCGGGCAGCAACGAAGGAUGACAGCACUCGAAGGUCGCAGCCCGGCCGCAAAAGCGCAAGCGGGAGCCAGCUCAGUCAAGGCAGCCAAAAAGAUCGAGAAAAGAGGGGCCGUUGAAAGUGCGGACCGAGAAGAAUCUCUAGCUGUAGACGUUCUGCCACCCCUCGUCCGCGACGACGAGGAACACCCUUUUAAGCAUAUACACUUCGGCAUAUAG